AAAGUAAAGCCCACUGUCUUCAAAGUUCAAAACCACCAAACCCAACAAAGCCCAAACCGGGAAACCGCCAACAGAAAAAAAAAAACCACAACUUUCCCACUAUAAAUAACCACUUCACCUCCUUACCUCUCUCCAAAACUUUUUCAGAGUUCGAUCAGUUCAUAUUUCUUUAACUUUGGAAAUAAAACUUUCCGAUCAACGAAAUGGCUGAGGUGGCAGAGACAGAGCGGAAGAUCCUGGUGGCAGUCGACGAGGGCGAGGAGAGCAUGUACGCUCUCUCCUGGUGCCUCAAGAACGUGGUUUCUCAAAAUUCCAAAGAUACCCUUAUCCUGGUCUACGUUAAGCCCCCGAAAGCUGUGUACAUGCCCCUAGAUGGCACAGGUAGGAGAGAGAGUCCGUCAGGGUAUAUGUUUUCGACUGAUAUUUUUGCGGCGAUGGAGAAGUACAGCGGCCAGGUGGCCAGCUCCGUCGUCGAGAAGGCCAAGAAGAUGUGCAGGGAUGUUCUUCCUGAGCAGGAUGUUAAGGUGGAGACGAGAGUAGAGAAUGGUGAUCCGAGGGAUGUGAUCUGCCAUCUGGUGGAGCAGAUCGGUGCUGAUGUUCUUGUCAUGGGUAGUCAUGGCUAUGGUCUCAUCAAGAGGGCUUUCCUUGGAAGUGUGAGCAACCACUGUGCACAGAAUGUGAAGUGUCCUGUGUUGAUUGUGAAGAAGCCGAAAACAAAUUGUGGGAGCAAAUGAUCUUGUUUUUCUCUGCUUCUUCUUCUUUGCAAAUUUCUCUUCUUGGCUUGGGCUUGGUAGAAUUAGACAGUUUGUACUUUGUACGAUAAAUUGGUAACUUUUUCUUCUUUUGGUAUAUGUCAAAUUUCAUGCUGUAAAUUUAUAAUGUAUCAAUGGAACUAUCACAUACCAGUGAGUCUCA